AUGCGAAUCCAAGACCCAGUUCGCUCAUUACGCUUCUAUGUCGAAUUACUCGGCAUGCGAACCGUCUUCGUCAUGAAUGCUGGUCCCUUCACAAUCUACUAUCUCGGCUACCCAAAGACACCUGAACACCAAGCAGAUCCGGCAAAAUUUGGUGAGGAAACUUUCGCAAACCUUGCGCAUACUUUCGGGCUUUUGGAGCUCUAUCACAUCCACGGCACGGAAAAUGAGCCUGCUGGCCUGUACAGCACGGGCAAUCAACCCCCGAACCUCGUCCUUGGACAUUUGGGAUUCACGGUUCCUGAUGUUACAAAGACUUUAGAGUAUUUGAAACUUCAUGGGGCUCAGAUUGAGAAGGAUUUGGGGGUUGCUACUCGGGAAUCUAUCCCCUUGAGUCAGUGGGAGGUUCAACGUGGGAUCGGAUUGGGCAGUGUGCAUCCGGCAUACCAGAAGAUAUUUGAGCAGAUUGCUUUCGUUAGAGAUCCGGUAGGUUUGACUCCUGUCUUUAUAGAGAAAAAUUUCGGGACGGUUAUACCAUUGAGCUUGUGCCGCAAAACAUGA